GAUUUGGUUUUGCUGUCUCCCCAGGACGCCACUCCUUUCUCUCAUGCUUAAGAAUGGCGUCCAGUCUUUCCCAUAACUUCCUCUCUUUGCAAACUCUGCAAGCACACACGUUAUCGAAAUCUCAAACACUAACCAAAACUCGUUGCUUUGCUCGCCUACGAAUAGUAUCCAAAUCUUCUCCUCAGAAAAACAGUUCAACUUCGCUGGAAGCAAGCUCCCCCAAACCCCCUCCACCUCAGGAUUCUUCAUCUUCGGUUCAGUCCUCUUCUCUUCUGCUUCGUCGUUUCAGAAAUGGAUGGCUUAAAUUUGAUGACCUCGGGAUGGAUAUAUUGUCUAUUGCACUACCUGCUGUGUUGGCUUUGGCGGCUGACCCAAUUGCCUCUUUGGUUGACACGGCAUUCGUUGGCCAUAUAGGAUCGGUUGAAUUGGCAGCAGUUGGAGUUGCAACAUCUGUGUUUAAUCUAGCGUCAAAAGUGUUCAAUGUUCCUUUGCUUAAUAUCACCACGUCCUUUGUUGCUGAGGAGCAGGCACUGAUUGCCAAAGGAGAAGACUCCGGACGAAGCAACGAUAAUGGCUCACUGGGUAAGCACCACAGCAAGGUGAUACUUCCUUCAGUGUCAACUUCUUUAAUACUGGCUGCAAGCCUUGGAAUUGCUGAAGCUGUGGCCCUUUACUUUGGCUCUGGCAUCCUUGUGAAUAUCAUGGGUAUACCUGCUGAUUCACCAAUGCAUGCACCUGCUGAACAGUUUCUUGCCUUCAGGGCUUUUGGUGCUCCGCCUGUUGUGAUUGCACUAGCUGCACAAGGCACUUUUCGUGGGUUUUUGGAUACGAAGACGCCUCUAUAUGCGAUUGGUGCUGGCAACUUACUUAACGCCAUUUUGGAUAUGAUGCUGAUUUUUACUUUUGGUUUUGGCAUUAGUGGUGCUGCUAUUGCAACUGUGACUUCUGAAUAUUUAAUUGCUUUUAUUCUUUUAUGGAAAUUGAGUGACAAAGUACUGCUUAUUCCUUCUGACUUCGAUGGGAGAAAAUUUUUCAGCUACCUGAAAUCUGCUGGUCUUCUCAUUGGUAGGACGUUGGCUGUGGUUAUGACUCUGACACUGGCGACAUCCAUGGCAGCCAGACAGGGUCCGGUACCUAUGGCUGGUCAUCAAAUUUGCAUGCAAGUAUGGUUGUCAAUGUCUUUGCUAACGGAUGCUCUGGCACUUGCUGGUCAGGCUCUGCUUGCUGGGGAUUACUCCCAAGGGAAUUAUGAGCAGGCUCGCCUUAUUGUAUAUAGAGUUUUACAGAUUGGUUUAGGGACAGGAAUUGCAUUAUCAAUGAUCUUAUUCCCAGGGUUUGGAACAUUUUCCAGCUUAUUCAGCACAGACUCAGAGGUUCUGGAUGUUGCUCAGUCUGGUUUAUUGUUUGUUGCGGGAUCUCAACCAGUGAAUGCUUUGGCAUUUGUUAUUGAUGGGCUUUACUAUGGGGUGUCAGACUUUGAAUAUGCUUCUUACUCUAUGUUGCUCGUAGGAGUAAUUUCAUCAGUGUUCAUGCUGGUGGCUGCUCCAGUAAUUGGACUCCCUGGAGUCUGGACGGGGCUGUUUCUCUUUAUGACAUUGCGUGUUCUUGCUGGAGCCGGGAGGUUGGGCAGCAAGAGUGGGCCAUGGAAUUUGGUAUGGCACAAGGAUGGAGCAGGGGACUGACUGAUAGGAAUCUGGAGUUUUUCUGGUUUGGUGAGAAAGGCCCUUUUCAUGGUGGUCACAGAUGCUCAUACAUGUAACACUUUUUAGGGUUCUGAAACUUCUCUAUGCACCCUUUCCUGGUUAUCAGAUCCCCAGCAACAUGCCUUAGGCUCAUAGCAAAUCAACAGAAUACUGUUCUACACGUGAAAACCGUGGGUCAUGACUUUUCUUGUUCAAGUACAGAAAGGAAGAAUGCCAAGCGAUGCAGAUGGUUCCAAAAUAUAGCCAAGCAAAUUCCCUCUGCUUUUUGGUUCAGAGGUUUCCGCUUCUGUAUACCUUUUUAAAGUAAUAGCCGCGCAGGAGUUAGGUAAUUAGACUUGUCUGGAUCAACUAUUUUAUGUUGAGAACAUAGAACACUGAACAGUGAUCCUUCAUUGCUGUGAAAGGGAUUGCCAAAUUCAGUGGAAUUCUUUAUGAGUAUUUUUUUUUUUAAUGCA